CGCAUUUAUCUCUGUGCUGAGAAGCGCAGGUUUGGUUUCAGCUAGAAAAUUCAUAUUCAGAUGAAAGAUAAAUAUUUAAUUGGCAGUUCGGCGCGUGUGUUUGGUUUUCAGAUAGUGACGAAACAUGAAACAAGACGUCAGGAUACUUUUAUUGGGAGAACCCAAGGUGGGGAAGACCUCCCUCAUCAUGUCUCUGGUUGGAGAAGAGUUCCCAGAAGAGGUUCCUCCCAGAGCUGAAGAGAUCACGAUCCCUGCAGACGUGACUCCAGAGAAGGUUCCCACUCACAUCGUGGACUACUCAGCAGAAAAGGAACAGAGUAAUGAAGUCCUCAGAGAUGAAAUCAUCAAGGCUAAUGUGGUGUGUGUUGUGUACGAUGUGACCAACGAGGACACAAUAGAAAAGAUUAAAACCAAAUGGAUCCCUUUAGUAAACGGUGAUGCAGAGAAAGGAAACAAAGUUCCUAUCAUCCUGGUGGGAAAUAAAUCUGAUCUGCGCAGUGGCAGUUCAAUGGAAACCAUUCUUCCCAUUAUGAACCAGUUCUCUGAGAUUGAGACGUGUGUUGAGUGUUCUGCGAAGAACCUUAAAAACAUUUCGGAGCUCUUCUACUACGCCCAGAAGGCAGUUCUCCACCCAACUGCUCCUCUUUACGAUCCUGAGGACAAACAGCUCAAACCACCGUGUGUCCGAGCCCUCAGCAGAAUUUUUUACAUUUCUGAUCAGGAUAACGACCGUAUCUUAAGUGACGCUGAACUCAAUAGCUUUCAGAAAUCCUGUUUUGGGAAUCCUCUGGCACCACAAGCUUUAGAGGAUGUGAAGACGGUGGUUUGGAAGAACACCAGCGACGGAGUCCAAGACAACGGCCUGACGCUGAAUGGUUUCUUGUUUCUUAAUACAUUAUUUAUCCAGAGGGGCCGACAUGAAACCACGUGGACGAUCCUGAGGAGGUUUGGUUAUGAUGACAACCUUGAGCUGACUGACGACUACCUUUAUCCUGAACUGCGAGUUCCUGUCGGCUGCACCGUAGAAAUAAACCACUUUGGUCACCAGUUCCUCCAGCGAUUAUUUGACAAAUAUGAUGAAGAUAAGGAUUGUGCCCUGUCACCAGCAGAGCUUAGGAACCUGUUUUGUGUCUGUCCCUACAUGCCUUGGAGCGCAGAUGUGUGUAUGACCGUGCCAACCACAAAGGAGGGCUACAUUUCCAAUCACGGCUACCACUGUCAGUGGAUGCUUUCUGCCUACCUUGACGUCCAUCGUUGUCUGGAGCACCUUGGAUACUUAGGCUACCCCAUCCUCACUGAGCACGGGUCGCAGACCUCUGCUGUCACAGUAACGCGGGAGAAAGAAGUAGAUUUGGAAAAGCGUCAGACUCAGCGGACCGUGUUUCUCUGCAAGGUGAUUGGACCACGAGGGACAGGAAAGACGGCCUUUCUCCAGUCCUUUGUGGACCGCAGUAUUCUGAAUAAAGAAAAUCCCAGCAGUGCCUUCUCACCAUAUGUCAUAAAUACUGUUCUAGUGGGAAACCAGGAGAAAUUCCUCAUCCUCAAUGAGGUGGAUGUGGAGACGGAGUUCCUGAAGGCGUCAGAUGCCUCCUGUGAUGUCGCCUGUCUCAUGUAUGACGCCAGUGACCCUCAUUCUUUCGACUAUUGUGCCAGUAUUUACAAGCAACAUUACAUGGACGGCAACAUCCCUUGUGUGCUCGUUGCCUCUAAAGUGGACCUUCCUGAAGCCAAGCAGUUCCACGGGAUGACUCCUGCAGAGUUCUGCUAUAAACACCGACUGCCUCCACCGCUGCCUUUCUCCAGCCUGUUACCGGACUCGACCAGCAACAACAUCUACACCAAACUCACCUCGGCAGCGAUGUACCCACACCUGAAUGGUUCAGACAUGAGCAGCUCGUCCUUCUGGCUCAGAGUGGCUCUGGGUUCGGCGGUGGUGGCGGUUCUGGGCUUUGCCGUCUACAGGGCUGCCGUCAGACUCAAAUGACCAUCUACCACACAGACACUCCAAUCAUCAUGACCAAACCUCGAGACCUUACCCCCCUGCAUUAUUAUUACUUCUUUAAAGGCACCCAGUUUCUCUAUUCAUUCUUCGGCCUCUUCAUUCGGACGUUUGAGAUCAGAAGCAACUGGAUGCUGGUGUGGUUCCUCAGGCUGCUGUGCCCAAAUUGUUAUUUUUAUUUUAUUUUAUUUUAUUUGCCUUAACACUGUUAAACCAGACCAAGUUGAGGAUAGCCCUGUCUACGCUUUAAGUGCGCAAAAACCUACACAGUGCUUUAUCUGUGAUGGGAACUGUGAAUUCUACAAUAUCUGACUGUUAUAUGCGUUACACACAAUUUAAGUAACAAAGCCUAAAUGACUUGACUUUAAAUGGGAGCAUCAGAAGAAAAMAUCCCAAUCAACCUUUACAUGAACAGUGUUUUUUCUAACCCGGCUAGUAGGUAAUAGUGCGAUUGCCAAAAACCUUAGUUUUAGCAUGUUAUUGUCCGUUAGGCAACCUUUAUGGGUGAAAAUCAUUGUAUUUAUCUCGACUCUUACUGUUAAACUGUUUUUAUCAGUGAGUUCUGUAAAAAAAAAUCAGAAAAAGAGUGCUCUUUUUGCAAGACAGAAUAUAGUUUUUUUAAAGUAAGACGGUGGUUUGUAAUAAGGUUUAUGGAACCUGAAAUGAUAAUGUUGAGGAAAUUGUCCAAUUCAUUUCUGCCUUCAGUUUUUAUUCCCUGUUCUGUUCACAUUUAAGCUGAUUUUAWUGAGACUGAAUUAGACUGAUAAUUUAUACUUGGCUGUUCUCAGGCGCCUGACUGACUGACUGUGUUACAGUCUACAGUUGUAUUGUUUCUGCAAACCAACAUCAGUGGGUUGCAUAGCUUAAUUAUUCUAAGAACCUGUUGUCUCAAACUUGUUUGACUUUUGACUUUUUUUUUUAAGAAAAAGAUUAUUUUAAUGCUUAAUAAAGAUCAGACAGGACUGGAUGAAGAUUUCAGUUAAAAAGACACUGAUGCUGUGAAUAGUGUCUUUAUGCACUUUUUGCAUUAAAUUUUGACUAAAUUUUGUUUGAUUUUCAGCGGCCAUAUUUUUCAACAGAUUUAAAGAUUUAGUGUUAAUAAUACUGUGAAUUUGGGACAUUUGGUGUUUUGCUGCUGAUAAAGAUUAGAUUGCUUGAGCUGCAAAUCAGCUGGAAACGCAAAAACAAGACAUCUGAGUGCACCUUUUUGAGAAUUCAGGUAGGAGCAAGGUUACUUAGAUCAUCCUUCAUCUGUGUGAUGAAUAACUCUGCAAAGAAAGUAACUUGCUUUAAAUUCUGCCUUUAGUUUGACUCCAUGCUGCUGCUGCCUCACCGCGAAGAGAAGCUGAUUGUUCCUGCAAACCACCACAAGAUGGCAGUGUUGUAUUCAGGUGAGGAGCAGGGAGAGCAAGGGUGUGUCCACAACACAUCCCUUCAGUUAUCUGCUGUCAGUGUAGGUGGUGCUGGAGUGUUGGAGUCAGAGACAGAAAAUCUCGGCAGCAGCUUAAUAUUUAAACUUGUGUAGCUUUAAAAUCGGAAGAAAAACCAAAAUAGUUUCUCUUAAAGUAAAAAAAAUUGUGUGUCUUUUGAUACAUUUUACCUACUUAAGUAUUAGGCGUGAUCUAAUAUCACUAAAUAACAUUUUUUUCACACAGUUUUAAUUUGAAUAUAAAAUGAAGUGCAUGAUGGUGAUCUUUUGUGGAGUUUGAGUUUUUUGCUUUACUUGUUUAACCUGCAUCACAACUUGAAAGUGUCACAUUCAUCUAAGGUAGAUUGGCAAAUAAAUGGCAUUAUAAUGUAGUAGCUUUUGUUUAAAUUUGUUUCAUAUUCACUCUGCUAACAAUAAACACACGAACCUGGCAGUUUUAAGAUGGCAAAGUUUUAUUGAAUAACAAGUGUCUGAACACAUCAGGAUGAGUUGUAUGAAAAUAAAAGUAUAUAUACUGUAUAUAU